AUGACGCCAAGUGAUAACGAUGACCGUUUAGUUGGAAUGAAUUCUCGUAUAGAGAAAAUGGAGGCGUUCUUGGAUUUGAAGGAGCGUGAUGAUGUUCGUACCAUAGGGAUUUGGGGGAUGGGGGGCAUUGGCAAGACAACUCUGGCUCAACUAGUGUUUAAUAAUAUCUGCAACCAGUUUCAAGCUAGCUGCUUUCUUGGCAAUGUCAAAGACAAAUCUAAAAACCCUGAUCUAGUAGUUUCCUUGCAGAAAGUUCUUUUCAAAAAACUGCUCUAUAGCGGGGAUGACAUACAUAACGUCCAUAUGGGAAUCAAUUCAUUGAGCAGACGAUUGCCUUCUAAAAAGGUGCUUAUCGUUUUGGACGAUCUCGAUCAUAAAAAACAAAUAGAAGAUUUAGUUGGAAUGGAUUGGUUGGGUCCAGGGAGCAGAAUCAUUAUAACAACUAGAAAUGAGCACUUGUUGAAGGCAUAUGGAGUGCACCACAUAUAUGAGGUUGAGAAACUGAACGAUGAAGAAGCCUUUCAGCUCUUCUGUAAGAAAGCCUUCAAGAAAGGCCACAAGAUGGCUGAUGACUACACAAACCUGUCCAAGGGUGUUGUCAAAUAUGCCAAUGGCCUCCCUUUAGCUCUUGAAGUUCUGGGUUACGCCUUGUGCGGAAGAGAGCUAGGUGAAUGGGAGAGUGAAUUUGCUAAACUGAAGGAACAUCAUGAUGACAACAUUAUUGACGUGCUUCGAAUAAGUUAUGAUGGAUUAGACGAAACCGAGAAGCAAAUCUUUUUGGACAUUGCAUGUUUCUUCAAAGGAGAGGAUCACGAUCGUGUAUUUAAUAUUUUGGACGCUUGUGACUUUUAUCCAAAAAGAGGUAUCAGGGUCCUCAAGGAAAAAUGUCUAGUUAAAGUUAUUGAAGGAAACAGAUUGUGGAUGCAUGAUUUAGUACAGCAAAUGGGUUGGAGCGUUGUUCUCAGAGAUUCUCUUGACCCAGGCGAACGCAGCAGGUUAUGGGUUAAUGAAAGUGUCUCGGACUAUAAAGAUAGCAGGUCGUGGCAUGACGUGAACAAUGUACUCGAGGAUAAUUUGGGAACAAUUUCUGUUCACGGUAUAUUCCUAACCUUGCCUGCAAAGGAAGAGAUAGAGUUGGAUGCUGAUCCAUUCUCAAAUAUGCGCGUUCUAAAAUUGUUGAGGAUUUGUAAUGCCAACUUUUCUAAAUGUCCUGAAUAUUUCUCUAGAGAGUUACGGCUUUUGGAGUGGCAUGAAUAUCCUUCAGAGUCUCUACCCCAAAGUUUUCGACCUUCUGCCCUUGUUGAACUCAAGUUGCCUAGCAGCCGCAUUAAACAACUGUGGCAUGAAAGGCACCUUCCUUUGAUGAAAAAGUUGGGGCUGAUCGAUCUUUCCAACUGCAAAUGCUUGACCAAGACCCCAGACUUCAGUAAGAGAUCCUUCCCCACUCCAUCUGCUGGAAAUCUCUUCAAACUUUUAUUGCUUCAGGGUGUUCAAGACUGGAAAGGUUUCCAGAGAUUGUGGGAAACAUGA